AUGAGGAAGCUCAAUCAUCCUAAUAUAACUCACUUGCAUCAAGUAUUUGAAAGUGACACCCAUAUUUACAUGAUUUUAGACUAUGCUAAAGGAGGCAGCUUAUAUGAAAAAAUUAUCAAAAAACAGACCCUCCCUGAGACUUCAGUGCUUAAAUUUUGCAGAGAAUUGCUAAAGGUACUCAAGUAUUUAAACUCAAAAAAAAUCGUGCACAGAGAUAUUAAAUUAGAGAACAUUUUACUAGACAGUCAAGAUGAUAAUCUUGAUUUUAAAUUAGCUGACUUUGGCUUAGCAACAAAAAUAACUGGUGAGCUAACAUUAAGAUGUGGAUCACCAGGAUAUAGGAAAAAAAUUAUUUAUUUAUUAAACAUAAUUUUUGGAAUUUUAAAAUAUAAAAAAUAUGGUCAGGAUAUAUUGCCCCAGAAAUCCUAAAUCUCUUCUUCACAAGGGUUAAUUUUUUUUUUAGUUUAUAUAUAAUUUUGUAGCAAUUUUUUUCGAAAUUAAAAAAAAUCCCAAUUCACAAAAAUUUAAAACAAAUAUUAGUUUAAUAUGUAAAAUUUAUGUUUUUAAAUGAAAGCUGCUUAAAAUUAAACAGAAUUAGCUAGAAAUUUCAUUAUAAUAAUUAUCACUUAUAUAUAUCAAAAUAUUUUUUUUAUAAAAUUAUUUCUAUUAAAAAAUAUCUGUUCGCUCACAGAGGGGGAACUUUCCAAUGGCUUUGCUCGCUCACGGAGGGGGAAUAAGAAAAGAGAAAUAUGGGUACAAAGUUGACAUUUUUGGAGCUGGGGUUAUUUAUAUACUUUACUUACAGGGAAAAUGCCAUUUUUUGGGUAUUUUCAAGAAAAAGUGUUAG